AUGCUGAACGGCGCGCGGCACGUCGUCGUGCUCCUGUGUGGGCUCGUCGCCCUCACCUCCGCCUCCUUGUUCUUCUCCUCGUCGUCUUCGAAAACGAAAGAGGCUCCAACGGCCAAGAACGACGACCAAUGGUCGCACUACCACAACCAGGAGCAGCUCGAACAGCUCCUCCUCGACAUCAACGCCAAGUGUCCUGAUGUGAGUUUAGGUCUUUUUCUUCAUUUCGCAUAGAUUUCGCCGAUCUUUCGGGUCAUCUCUCUUGAAUUAUUUCGUUAGGAGGUGAUUCCGAAACUUUUAAGAUCGGUUAAAAGUCGUUUCCUUUUUUUUACUGGCUUUUUUAAUUGCCCAGAAGUUCCAGCUUUUUCCAUUCAUUUCUACUAAUACUUCAAAUUAAACUUUUCAAAGGAAUUUGGAAAGUUAUUGAAUUAAGGUAUGUAAAAGAUCUUUUUGAGAUACUCCUUAUAACAUUUUGUUGAAAAAGCUCUUUUCGAGUAAGCGACAAGCAGAAGAUUUUUUUUGAAAAAAAUGAAUUUAAAAAAGUUUUAGGAAAAAGAGUCAAAAACAGGUGAAAAAAGUUAGCGACGUAAACUUUCUAAAGUUUUACGCGUCAUUUUUUUCGAAGAAAAAACGUUUUGGCAAAGAAAAACAUCAACUUCUUUGGUUAUUCCCGAUAUCCAAACCUUUUAUCUCUUUUUCCUUGCAAAUUUAGCAACCAAAACCGUCCUGAAAGGCUCAAGAGUCUCUUGAAAACGACCAAAAUUCUCGUUUUUUUUUGCUUCAGAAUCUCAAUUUCCCGCCCACACGUCGCUCAAUUGCUUGCCUUCUCGACUAAAUCUUAUUCAUUCAUACGUCUACCGUAUCCCACACAUUAUCCCAUCUGUUUCUCACGAAACCUUUUUUGAUGUUUUCUGAAAUUGAUAUGGUAGUUUCUUUGUGCCGCUUUUGUAGUUUGAAAGGGAUUUGUACAUAGAUUCACGUUUUUUGAAUUAAACUGAAAACGUUUUUUUACUCGAAAUAUAAAGAAUUGAGAAAAAAACAAACAGAAAAAAAUCUCAAUCUUGUUUCCAAUCAAUUGUGUAGUAUUUCAAAGGUAUUUUUUCUUCCAAUUCGUUUCAAUUUUUCUUUCUGAAUUUUCGAACCCUGCCAUUUUUCAACGCCUUUUGCCAUAUUCGCAAUGCUAUCCGUCAUUUAUCUUUUUGUUCAGGCCUUUAGUCGCUUGGGGGAAAAAAGCAAUUAAAAAUAGACGAUCAAAGAAACGCGAAUUUCUGAGUCUUGAGAUGAAAUUCAGGAAAAAAUAUCUUAGAAAAAUUGAAGAUUUAUAAUUCAGAGCAGAAGUUGUCCUUAUUACCCAUGCUCUUGGCGAGAUUCCUUUCUCGUAAUAAGGAAGUAAAUUUAUCCUUGUGUUGAAAUCCGGCUUGCGGGAUGGGGCCAGGCCUUCGAAUGGAAAAAAAGUUUCUAUCAAUAUUUUUUUCAUCGUCAAUAGAAAUUUCAAGGGGCCGAGCUUUUUUACUUGAGGCUUCACUGAGGCCGGGCCAAAUGGCCGUAUAGGUUGACGGGCUGGCCCUCGCAGAAGUCUGGUUUAAUUUUUUUUUUUUUUCAAAAACUCAGUCGAUAUUCUUGUAACGAUCAUGUGUAAAAAAGAAUUUUGCAGGUCUCGACAUUAUACAAAAUUGGAGAAUCGGUGGAAGGCCGUUCAUUGGUCGUCAUCCAGUUCUCGACGACCCCCGGCGAACAUGUCGCUUGUGGGUUUUCGAUCGUUUUGUUAUGAUGAGAGAAAAAAAGCCGCGUAGAUAAGAUGUUGCCCUGAUAAUUUUCAAGUUUUAAUUGAUUCAAAACAGUCUUUAGAAAAAGUUUAGGGGAAGUUAUAUCUUCAAGAAAAUUCUUACGAAUAAUAGUGUGAAUUUCACUCGUUUUUUCCGCUAGUCAUAGCUGUUUUCGCCUUCUUUUGUUGUAAUAUGAAUGACUAACGAAUCAUGGACUCAUUUUGUAUAUGGCCUAGACAAGGAGGAAGUGAAGUUACUUCCUUAUUAAGUCUAGACUUUUGAAGAAGUUUCUUUUGAUUUCGAUCUCGAAGCGCAGCAAUUAAUGGUGCUGGAAGCAUAUUUUUUUUCUUUUAUUCGUAAUUAAAACUGAGAAAAAUUUGAGUUCUGAUUUUCAACAGAGUUUCUUUCAUAAAUGUUUUUUGAAAAAUAAAAAAAUAUUUUCUAAGACAUGUUAAAGGUGCAUGAGAAAGCCUACCAUCAAACAUCACGACAAACGGUUCUUCGCUUCGAUGAAUCUCUACGAAUUUUUUUUGCUAUACGCCAAAAAGUAUUAAAAGUAUACUUUCUUGACUUUUUAUUCAAUCAGGAGAAGUUCUGUAAAAAAUUGAGUUUUGUCAGCAUUUUCCAGACCCCGUUUCGUAAUGAAAUUUGCUGAAGGGGGUUCUUUGAGGUUUUCGCCAUUGAAACCCAGCUGAAUAGGUCGAAAGGGCUAUAAAUAGGAACAGUAAAGCUUUCUAGGUGUUUAUAUCGUAGUGACACAGGAGAACGGAUGUUUUCUCAGUAGUGUUUCUAUUGAAAAAAAAAUCGAAUGACGGAAAGCCUUAUCAGUGAAAAGAAUCAGUAUCUGAGAAUCCAACUCAGACUUUUUUUUUGAAUCAAUGACUGUUUUGUUCGUACCUUGAUCAACAUGAAGAACUGGAAAAAUUUUCAUUUAAGAGUUCUGUUUCAGAAUCUUUGUUAUGAGCAUAAGAGUUCAUAAAUCACUCUUUUCGAAGAGUCUUUUCUGUAUAUUUGAGGUCAUUCAAGACUUCUGCCCUUUAGACACCUUAAAGAAGAUUUCUGAAAUUGAAAAUAGGAUCAAGAUCAGUUGGCUAAAGAAAAUGUCACAGAUUUCCGUAGCUUUUCAAAUGUCAUGAAAAGCGUAUCAAAUUUUGUUUUGCUCCAUGCAAAAGCUGAAAAGUACAGUAGUCUCUUAAUUCAAAUUCAAGUCUAAAAAAGAUAUAUUUUCUGUUGAAAGAUUUUUUACUCCCAAAAAAGUUUGAGAAAUCAGUAAUUUAGAUAAGUUUCUCUCAAUUUGAAUGAAAAAAGCUGUGAUAGUUUCUUAAGUGAUUCUUUUUUUUCUGAUAAAAACUUCUUCAGCAAAGCCAGAAGUGAAACUGGUGGGCAACAUGCACGGAAACGAGCCGGUCGGCCGCGAACUUUUGCUCCGACUCGCCAGUCAACUCUGCGACGGCGUCAAGGACAACAAUAAGGUUCGGGAAUUUCGACUUUUUCAGUGCCUUAUUUGAUUCCAUUACAACUCUUCCUUUAAAAACUUUUUUGACCGAAAAUCACAACAACUUUUUUCGACCAAAACUUGCCAAAGAACGUCUGGAGAUCAAAGCUUUUAGUCCAUUUUCCCACCAAUUAGUCAUUCAAUUUUUUCACGAUUUUUCCAUAAUUCCCUUUAACGACUGAGCAAAUUUGCAGGGAAUGAAGCUUUGCAAAAAAUUGAGAAUACUUUUUUACAGGAAAUCAUGCAAUUGCUCAACUCCACGUCAAUCCACAUCCUUCCUACAAUGAACCCUGACGGAUUCGAGCAGGCUCUUGCCACGGUCAGUGCAGUGGCUAAAAACUUUUAUUUCCAUGGAAAGGAUUGAUAGUUCAACACCUCUAUGCGUUUUUGCCGUUUCAAUAGUUUCUUUCAGGAAGAAACGAGCCGCCAAUGGCUGACUGGCCGCUCCAAUGCCAAUGGCGUCGACUUGAACAGGUUUAUAAGAGAUGAAAAAGUUGAGAUUAGAGAAAUUUUCAGAGAUUUCCCUGACCUCGACGGCGUUUUCUACGAGCUGGAGCAACUCCAGGUUCCCAAGUACGACCACCUGCUCUCGUUGUUCGACGACAACCAAGAUGUAAGUGAAUGUGGAAAGCUAUUAAAAUACUUGCAUUUCCAGAGUUCAACUUCGAGUGUAGUUUUAAAUUUUGAAAGAGAUAUUCAUAGUUCAAAUAAUAGGUCAUUAAUUUUUGCUUACCAAGCUUCUGAAGUUUCCCCCUGGUAGAAAGACCUGUGAUCGCUUUGCUUCGUUUUUACCAAGGAAUAUAUUGAUUAGACAAUCAUCAAAUCUUUCAAACUUGGCUAAACUUUCAAAUUUGACAAGCUGGAAAGAAACUCCUUCAUUUUCCAGCGCCAACCGGAGACGAUGGCCGUCGGCCAAUGGAUCUUGUCGCUUCCAUUCGUCCUUUCGGCCAACUUCCACGAAGGAGACCUCGUCGCCAACUAUCCCUUCGACUCCAACACGGUCGGCGACGAUACCCUCCAGCAGUACUCCGCCUCGCCCGAUGAUGGCACCUUCAAGUAGCUCCUCUCCCCGGGAUUCCCUUCAAAAAACCUUCUCAGAUGGCUCGCCCAGACCUACGCCAACAACCACGCGCACAUGGCCAAGAACGACCAUCCGCCCUGUGACGGAACCAGUCAGAACGCCUUCUCCCGUCAAGGUUUCCAUUUUCAAAGACGUAGAUCUCAUGAGGGAACUUUUUUGAACUUUUGAUGUUUUAUGAUCUUCUCAACGAGAAAAAAACCUCACUACUCUCAAAAAUACCUCAAAAAAAUUUUUCAAGCUUAGUUCAACCAAAAAAAAAGACUUCUAGUAAAAUACGACGUCUUCAGGCGGAAUCACCAACGGCGCCAAGUGGUACUCGGUCUCCGGAGGCAUGCAGGACUUCAAUUACCUGGCCACCAACGCCAUGGAGAUCACCCUUGAACUGAGCUGCGAGAAGGUUUUCAUUGGCCUCAUUCUUCAUUCCCAAUGACGUCACUUCAGAUGCCGGCUGGCUCCGCCCUUCCACAGUACUGGAAGGACAACGAGAAGGCCAUCUUCGAGUACAUCUGGAAGGUUGAGAAUCUCUUUGUUGCUCAUUUCAGCUGAUGAUUGCUUCAGACGCACAGCGGUGUCAAGGGAACGAUCGUCGACGCGACUGAUGGAGAGCCAAUCACUGGCGCCGUCGUCUGGGUCCGAAACGCCACCGAGGAAACUCCGAUCAAGCACCCGGUGACGUCAUGUGAGUUUUGUUUGUUGCUCAUGUUAGAGAAAGGUUUUUCCAUCGACUACUAGAAAGUUUGUUUGAUAACAUGAGGAAUAACUUGCAAUCGUUUAGGGGUGAUGGGCGACUACUACCGCGUCCUGCCCAAAGGCCAGUACCAGCUCUUCGUCGCCGCUCCUGGCUACGAACCUCAAACUCGCAAUGUAUCUAUUUUCCUUUCUUCAUUUUAAAUGUUCGCAUUUUAAAGGUGACCGUCGAGAACAAAGUCCGCGACUCGGCCCUCACUAUGGACUUUGCUCUCCGUCCGCUGCAGGCCGUCGCUGAGGUAUGCUUUGGCUCAAUCGGUUAAGGUUUUGAUUAGAGUGUGGGAGCUUCUUGGUUCGGAUUCUUCAUGAGUUUUGCUGAUUUCUUCUUUCAUUUAAUGAAAAUAAAUGUGUGAUGUAGCGCAGUCGGGAAAAAAAUAAUCUCAAAAAAUGUUUUUUUUCAUAUGAUUUUCCUACUUUGAAAUCCAACCGUAUGUCAUUUGAUUUUUUAGCGUACACAGUUUUCAGAGCUUCUUUCGUUUAUCCAAAACACCAUUGGUUUGAUUCUCGUUAUUUCAUUUUUUUGUGGUUUUGUCGUGAUUUCUAUUUAAAGGAGUUUAAAUGUAUUAAAAAAACAAACGAUUAUUUGCUGAUUGAAAUUUUUUUAACGCCGUAGCUCGGGUCAGUCGAUUAUAAGCUUUCCGAGCAAUACAUCUAAAUUUUUCCGUUUCUAUAAAUUACUGAAAGCUUGCUAAGUAACUUUUUGAAUAAUUAGAGGGAGCUCUCAUUCCUUCGGCAUUUGGUAUUUUUCAUUGAGAAUUUUCUGAAAGUUCAAUAGCUCUGAAUAAAAUCACCUCAGUUUGUUCAUUCCUUUUAAAAGGUCUUGUAAAAAAAAAGUUCAAGUAGGUAUACAUUCCUUGGCGCGAUCAAUACCCCCUUAGUCUUAUAUUCAAACACUACUUUCUUCACUAACUUUCCGGAAACUUACAUUUUUUUUCAGGAAGAGCAACUGGCUGAAAUGAUUGAGGAACUCGGCGAGCAGCAGCCGCAAGAACCAGCCGCUCCUCAGGCCCAGAAGGAAUAG